AUGCAGCUCCUCGUAGAUGCUGCCUCUUGGGGAGCCCUGCUGCAGUCGCCUUCGAAGCGUAGUCGCGCGCCUACGCAACGGAGCGAAGCGCCUAAACCAUCUCGCCGUAGUGCCCGCCUAGCUCUCGAACCUCCCAGACCUCCCGAGCCCCCCAAGCCUGCCGCUAGCGCCGCCAGUCGGAUCAAGAUCGUCUCGUGCUAUGCCGCCGAAGCCCCGGCCGAUGUAACGCCUACCAGUAACAAGCGGAUCAGGGUCGUCUUAUGCUAUACCGCCGAAGCUGCCGUGUCCGAAGCUGUCGCCGCCCCUGCCGCCAAAGCCCCGGCCAAUACAACGCCUAUCGGUAAUAAGAGGAUCAGGGUCGUUUCACGCUAUACCGCCGAAGCUACCGCUGCUAUAGAACCGAUCUAG